CUGGAUGGCAAAAAAAAAACCUUUCCCCAUGGAUGUGGAGUGGGAUAUCCACUGCACCCUUUGGAGCUCACUAGCAAGCUGUCAAGCAUGUCGGAGGGCUCGGAUGAGACUGGCAAAGGCUUCUACUCUGCCUCUCACCUGGAAGAAAGACCCGAUCAGCUGGUGGGCCGGAGAAUGCUUCUCUGCCACAAAGAAGGAAGUAAGUUUCAAAAUGCUCGGUGAGACCGAGUUGCUUGCUUCAAGAAUGAAAGACAGCCACUCAAGACACAAUGACAAGGGAAAAGAGAAGAACAAAAAGAGCAGACUCAGCCUUCUGUUGGCCAAGUCUGGAUCCCAUGAAAACGUCAGCCCCGAGAAAAAGCCCCUGGCUACAGCCAAGCCGAUCCCCCCUGAUGUAGCUUUGAGAUGGAGUGAUUCUUUUGAAGAUCUACUAGGUCAUCCAGACGGACUGGAGGCCUUCACAAGGUUCCUACGCACUGAGUUCAGCGAGGAGAAUAUAGAAUUCUGGCUGGCGUGUGAAGAGUACAAGAUCAUGGAAUCAGCCACCAAGCUGCAGUCCAUGGCCAAGCAAAUUUAUGCGGUGUUUAUCGACACAGAGGCCCCCAAAGAGAUUAAUAUUGAUCAUUCAACCAAACUCGCCAUUCAAAAAAACAUCCUUCAACCCUCACAGUCGAGCUUCGACGUGGCUCAGAAAAAGAUCUACACCUUGAUGAAGAAGGACUGCUUCCCACGCUUCCUCUCCUCAGACAUCUACUUAGACCUGACCAAGAGGAAGGGCCCUAGUGUCAUGACCAGGAGAAGGUCUCGGUCCUUCGUGUUCAGUGACCGGUCUGAAGGCACUGGAGACUGGUUUUAGCUCACCGGCCGCAGUUGGGGUCGUGGUAAUCUUGCUUGCACAUUGUACAAACUUACUGACUUGACAAACGUCUGCGAGAAAUGUGUGUAUUAAUAUUUUCGAUAUUCAGGAUGCAUUCACGUUCACAUUUAAAUACUAAUGUUGUUUCUAAUUUAUUUAAAAUCCUGCCCCUUUGCUUAAGAUUCCAUGGCAAUCUAUUUCUAACUACAUGAUUGAAUCUUCCUUCAGACUUGUAAAGUGUACAUAAAACGUGUAUGAUGAAUAAUUGUGUAUUAAAAUGCAUCUUAAUACAUAA